GAUAUAUAAAAAACAGUCAAACGGAUAGGAAUAUUAUCGCAAGGUCUAAUGGGUCCCGAGAAAUUUGGAGACGACGAUCGGAGCAUCCAUUUGCAGGUAUUGGAGCUCCAAAAGCUGGAGGAAGCGCGAGGCUCAAGCGACACCGUAUUAGAUUUCAGAAACAGCGUCGAGAAAGGAGACAGCGGCGAAACCGCAGACGCUACCCCUGCUUCUUCCGCGAUCGCGUUCCACCGAUCAUCAUCCCCGCCUGAGCAAAAGCUCACACUAUUCGCUCUCCGCCUUGCGAUCAUCGAGAAAGUCGCUACUUGCCUCGGAACACUAGGUUUCAUCUGGGCCACGGUGGUUCUGCUAGGCGGAUUCGCCAUCACCCUCGAGAAAUCCGAUUUCUGGCUCAUCACCGUCAUCCUCCUCAUCGAAGGCACUCGCAUCUUCAGCAGAAGCCACGAGCUCGAGUGGCAGCACCAGGCCACGUGGACUGUUGCUGGCGUCGGAAUCAGUAGCUUCCGUGCGUUACAAGCAAGCUCUGUUUCGCUUCUCAGGAAUUUAAAACGAAUCAGUGGAGGAGUCUUGAAGCCAAUCCUCGAAAGCAGAUUAAGUCAAGAAACCCCUCGGACAUGGAAAAACUCUGAUGUUCCUCUGCUUCCCUACGCGAAAUGGCUCUACAUCUCAACCUACGUGAGCCGUCUUCUCUACUGGCUCCAGCUACUCUCAGCCACCGCCUGCGUGGCUCUGUCCUCAUACAAGCUCGUCAGACACAACUACGGAGAGGUUCAUGACGGAGAGAUGGACAAAAGGAACAGAAAAGCCGCUCUAAGCAUCUUCUACUCGCUGGCCCUUGCCGAGGCGUUGCUGUUUCUUGCGGAGAAAGCUUACUGGGAGUGGCAGGUCAGUGUGUGUAAUUUGCUUGAGAAUGUGACUAAAGAUUGUGGCUUUGGUGUUACUGGGUUGGUCUCUACAAAGAGAUUCUUCUACGAUGCUUACUCAAAGUCUGUGAAUGGGAGCAUCUUUGAUGGGGUUAAGAUGGAUAUGGUCAGCUUUGCUAUGGAACUGUUGGGCUCUAGCUGCCCAGAUGAACAGCUCAUAGGUGCAAGAAUUCUCAGGCAGUUUGCUGUGAAUGAGCGGUUUGCUGAGGAUACGCUUGAGAAGAUAGGAAUCAACUUGCCUGUCAUUGAAAGAUUGGUGGAGAUGUUAAACUGGAAAGACAUGCAAGAAGAAGAGAUUAGAAGAUCAGCAGCUGAGAUACUAUCAAAGCUAGCUGGCAAGAAACAGAACUCUCUAAGAGUAUCUGGAAUCUCUGGUGCCAUGGAAUCGAUAUCAUCACUGUUGCAGAACACAAGAUCUUUAGGUGAAGCUCCUGACGAGAUUGGAGAGAAGAAAAUCUUCCACGACCAUCAUCUACAGUACGAUUACUGUAGGUUCAACAACUUAGGCCUCUUGAUUCUAAAGAAGUUAUCCAGAGAUCAUGACAACUGUGGAAAAAUCGGCAACACGAGAGGACUUCUUCCAAAGAUUAUUGACUUCAUGCACACGGAUGCAACACUCUUGAAAGAUGAGAACGCAGAGAUGGUUUUGUCACGAGUCUUGACAGUGAAACGGUCCUUGCAGCUAGUGAAAAUGUUGGUAAGCAUGAGUGGGAACACUGGGAGGUGUCUUAGGAGAGAAAUCUCGGAGAUCGUUUUCACAGUCAGUAACUUGAGAGAUGUACUGCGUCAUGGAGUGAGAUACCCGAAACUUCAGAAGCUUGGGAUUGAGAUUCUGAGCUUCCUCGCUCUUGAGACAGAGGCAAGGGAGAGAAUUGGUGUGACUGGAGGUGUCUUGAAAGAGCUCUUCAACAUUUUCUUGAAAAGCAAGGCACAUGGGGAUGUGAAUGAGAGCCGGGUUAGAAUCACUGCAGGUGAAGCUAUAGCUAUGCUUGCUUUGGAAAGUAGAAGCAACUGCGUCCAAAUUUUAAAGCUUGGAGUGUUGGUAAGACUUGUGGAUGCACUUGAGGUUCCUUUGGUCCGUGUCAAUGCUGCGAGAGUGUUGAGAAACUUGUGCAUGUACUCAGGACAUGAAUGCUUUAUAGACCUGAUGUUCAUUAAAGCAGCAGCUCCCACGGUGUUGAAAUCAAUAACAUCAGGAGACAACAAACUACAAGAAGUGAUGCUAGGGUUAGCAACACAAGUGUUCAAGUUCAUGAGUUCAGAAGAAGCACACGUUGCUCUGACAGAUUCAGGGAUCAAGAAGCAAGAACUGGCGAACUCGCUGGUUGCUAUUCUGAAGAAACAUGACAAGCCAGCGAUUAAAGUUCCAAGAAUUAGGAGGUUUGUGAUUGAGCUGGCGAUAUGGAUGAUGGAAGAUGACGUGGAGAACGUUGUGAUGUUUAGAGAUUUGGGUAUGGAGAGAGAGCUGGAGAAGGUUCUUGAAACUACGGCUGAGCUUGAGAACUUCGACGUUUUCUCGGGCACGGUUGGUGUGAGCCGCCAUAGCAGAACGGUUCAUUGGUUGGCUGAGUUGGCUGUAACAUUGCUCAAGGAAGAUCAACCAUAAGUAUCAUAUCUUCUUGUUAGGAAAC